GGUUAAUGAUUCGGAUCGGAUUUACUCAUUUUCGCUUUUGUUUUUCUUUGUUUACUUUACUUUUCUUUUUUGUUUAAUUGUUUCGUUUAAUUUGGUUACAUUUUCCUUCUCUAAGUUGACAAUUAGAAGUGAAUAUUUGCUAUAAAUUCACGGAGGAGAAUUACAACAAUUUCGAAAGAAGAGAUUAAAAGAUUAACACUUUAUCUUUUUCUCUCUCUCUCUAAACAUAUCCGGCUGUUUACUUUAAUCCGAUCAUUUUGUUUAUUCUGUCUAAUAUUUUUCUUCAUCUUCUUCUUCUUUUGGUGACAAUUUAAAUUGGUUAAUCUUUAGAACAUUUCGUUGGAUUAUCAAGAAGGGUGAUCAAGGUGACAAUCAACGGAAUAAUCUGGAUAACGAGACAAGAGAAACAACAACAAACAACACACAAGAAGGAGGAGGAGGAGGAGGUGGAGAGAGAGAGAAAAAGAGAGAGGAUAAAGUUGAUAUUCUUUGUUCAUUUUUCUCUCAUUUUGAUUUCUAUCUCUUUCUCUCUCUCUCUCUCUUUCGAAAACGAGAUGAUCUCUUAUAUGUUUUAGGAGUUUACUUUUUGUCUUCAUCAUCAUCGCUCACUCUUUGUUACAAUAAAAGAGAAGAAGAAGAGAUCAAGGAAACAGAGAGUGUGGUAAAAACUCACAUGGUGGAUAAGCAAAAGCCAUUGGUACUUUUCGGUUAAAAAUCUUCAAUGGAUUUCAAUUAAUGUGAAGUGUUCAAAGUUAUGCCACCAAUAGAUCAACUAGUCUCUUUGUUUCCUGGGCCUACGGAUUUAAUACACAAAACAUCUUGGGUUAAUGCGUCAAUUGCGUUACGCCAAAUCCGAAAGGGUAGAGCUACCGGUAACAAAGCUGCUUUGGUGGUUAGAAGUAAAUUCCAACGGCAUCUCUAUGAUAUUGGAUGUUUUUCACAGCGAAACCCGGGAACCGUUUUAUUUGUUGGACUAUUGGCCUUAUUAAGUGCUUUAGUUGGCCUUAAAUCGGCUAAAAUUGACACCAAUAUUGACAAGCUUUGUGUUGAAGCUGGUGGUAGACUGGAAAAAGAAAUUGAUUAUGUUAAAUCAACACUUGGAGAUGGUUUUGAAAAUACCAAUCAACUUUUAAUUCAAACACCAAGCGAUGAAAAUGUCAACAUUUUACAUUCAAAUGCGUUACUUUUACAUUUGGAGGCCUUAAAAGUUGGAACGGAAGUUACAGUGGACAUGUUUUCAACAUCCUGGCGAUUAAAGGAUAUCUGUUACUCUCUUAGUAUUCCAGCUUUUGAAGAGCAACUUAUAGAUGCGGCUUUGGAUAAAUUAAUACCCUGCGCAAUAAUAACCCCCUUAGAUUGUUUCUGGGAAGGCUCUAAAUUACUGGGACCCGAAAUUACUAUACCGAGAUUAAAUCUCAACCUUGCAUGGACCAAUUUCAAUCCAGAAUCUUUACUUGAGUUGGCCAAGAAUCGUACCUAUUCAAGCUUAGGAUCUAAUAAUCGUUAUCCAUUUGAGACAUUUGAAAAUUUAAUGUCACGAGCGGGGAUAUCGACAGCUUACCAGAGUCGUCCAUGUUUAAAUCCUCAGGAUGAAGAGUGUCCCGAAAGUGCUCCCAAUAAGCAUACACUUCGUGAGCCUGAUGUUGGCUAUGAACUUUCAGGCGGUUGUUAUGGUUUUGCCACCAAAUGGAUGCACUGGCCGGAAGAAUUGAUUGUCGGCGGUAUUAAGAAAAGUAAAAAUGGUCGAAUAGUUAAAGCUCAUGCUCUUCAAUCGAUCAUUCAAUUAAUGGCGGAACAAGAUAUGUUCGCCUAUUGGCAAGAUAAUUCAAGAGUUUUACACAUUGACUGGACCAUUGAGAAAGCUCGUCAAGUAUUGGAGGCCUGGCAACGGAAAUUUGUCUCUGAAGUUGAUCGGUACAUUAAGGAAAACUCAAUAACCGAUUAUAAGAUAGAAAAGUUUACCAAUGUUGCCCUACUUGAUAUUAUGAAAAAUUUUUCCAUACCCAAUAUUAUCCAUCUUUGUAUUGGAUAUUGUUUACUGUUACUUUUUACCGGUUUAUCUCGUAUUAAUCUUGGUAAUCCUGGUUACUCACAAAGUGCCCUUGGUAUUUCUGGUGUCCUACUUAUCGCCCUUGCCAUCGCCUCUGGAUUAGGAUUUUGUUGCCUCAUCGGUUUCCCAUUUAAUGCAUCAACAACUCAGAUUAUCCCGUUUCUAGCACUCGGCUUGGGAUCAGCUCCAUUAUUUUUACUAAUGGAUGCUUAUGAAGAAAAUGUUUCUAAAGAUACUCAAUCUAGGAAUCCAAUUGCCGAUACUCUUCAACAAAUUGGUUUCUCUAUUUUACUUAAUACUUUUACACUUUUAUGCUCAUUCGGAGCGGCCGCUAUCAUACCCAUUCCUGCUUUGCGAUACUUUGUAGCUCAAACUGCCAUUUUAAUUACCUUCAUUACCAUUUGUUUGCUGACAAUUUUUCCCGCCAUAAUGAGCUUGGACUUGCAGCGACGUAAAUCACGUCGAUAUGAUUUAUUUUGUUGUUUUAAAGUCAGAUUAUCAUCAUCAUCAUCACAAUUAAAAGCACAAUCAUCUUCACAACACAGCCAACAAAAACAAGAGGAAAAUUAUUCUCAUCGUUCUCAUCGUCAUGAUAGAUACUCUAAAGUAAAUAAUCACCGUGAAAGAAAAUCAUCCUCAUCAUCUUCAAGAAAUUAUUAUAAAGAUGAUUCUGGUGAAGGUGAUCAUAAAUUGACGAUAAAAAUUCCUACUCUAAAACAAAUGGAUUCAUUAUCAUCACCAUUAUCAACUAAUUAUUAUUCUUGCAAACCAUAUUUAUUUGACUCAUCAUCUUCACCAUCAUCAUCAUCAUCAUCACCAUUAACAAAUAGUAAUAAUAAUAAAUCAUCACGAUCAUCAUCCUCAUCAACAACAACAACUAAAUGUGCAACAACAAAUAAAAAUAGUUUCUCAUCAAAUGUUUCAACUCCCGUUAUGCCAAUUAGGACAAUUAAACCUCCUCUUAAUUACAAUUUACCUUCACCACCACCAGCUUAUUUUGGUGAUAUUGAAUCUGCACCACCCUCAGAACCACCACCAUCUCCCUCAUUAGAUGACUGUGAUUCUGAUAGAGAGGAUGAUAUAGAUGAGAUGGAUGAUGGGAUUCGUGAAGAUGAGAUGGUUCCACCUCUUUCCCAUAGAUUAUCAUUAAACUAUUUUGUAGCCAGUAUCUAUAUACCUUUACUACAGAGACGAAUAUUUAAAUUACUGGUGAUGAUUGUGAGCUUUAUAAUUUAUUUAAUUUGCCUGUCAGGCGUUACCCAAGUCAAAGAUGGACUCGAUUUAACGGACAUUGUCCCACGUGGUACCAGUGAAUAUCGUUUUCUACUUAAUCAAAGACAAUAUUUUAAUGUAUACAAUAUGUACGCUGUUACUCAGGGUAACUUUGAAUAUCCCACCAAUCAAGCACUUCUAGUUGAAUAUCAUAACUCAUUUACCAGAGUUCCAAGGAUAAUUAAAAAUGAUGAUGGUGGUUUACCUGAAUUUUGGUUAAUCAUGUUCAGAGAUUGGCUUCUUGGCUUACAGAAUGCAUUUGAUAUUGACUGGAAAAACGGCUCAAUCAGUCAAGAAAGAUGGUUUGCCAAUGCAUCAGCUGAAGGUAUUUUAGCAUAUAAAUUGCUCGUUCAAACUGGUAGAGUUGAUAAUCCGGUGGACAAAAGUUUAGUUACCAAAGUUAAAUUAGUUGAUAAUCGUGGUGUCAUUAAUCCAAAAGCUUUUUAUAAUUAUCUAACUGCCUGGGUUACUAAUGAUGCUAUCGCUUAUUCAGCAUCUCAGGCCAAUUUUCAUCCUGAACCCCGUCACUGGAUUCAUGUUGCUUCAGAUUUUGACCUGAAAAUUCCAAAAUCUCAGCCCUUAGUCUACACUCAAAUACCUUUUUAUCUGCACAAUAUGAACUCAACAGAAGAAAUUACUUCAACCAUUCAAGAGAUUCGAGCCAUUUGUAAGAACUACGAAGACAAAGGUUUACCCAAUUUCCCGACGGGACUUCCAUUCACUUAUUGGGAACAAUAUAUUCGUCUACGAGUCUCAUUGGGUUCUUCGUUGAUUGUUGUUUUUGCGAUCAUUUUUGUAGCCCUUUGUACCCUAUUGGUCAAUUGUUGGGCUUCAUCAAUGUUGACAUUUGUUCUAGCACUGACCAGUGUCCAAAUCUUUGGACUCAUGGGUCUACUAGGGAUCAGAUUAAGUGCCGUACCAGCAGUGGUCCUUAUCAUUACAGUUGGUAAAAGUAUUCACAUUCUUAUUCAUCUUUUAAUGAGUUUCUUGACCAGUAUGGGCAAGCGAGAUUAUCGGGUCAUUGCCGCUCUUCAUCACAUGUUUCCACCGUUGGUCAGAAGUGAAAUCUCAACUUUCUUAGGAAUCUCAAUGUUAGCAUUUUCUGAAUUUGAUUUUAUCAACAGAGAUUUUUUCUUAGUUUUCUCUGGAGCCAUAGUCAUAUCGAGUUGGAACGGUCUAGUAUUUUAUCCUGUUCUUUUGUGCUAUCUUGGUCCACCCGGUGAAGUUGUUCCUCAUGAAUACGAGAACAGAAUUUCAACUCCAUCUCCACCUUCUCCGCCAAUCAAGAAGAAACCUUCACGACAUUCUGUUUCAUAUUCUAGACGAAUCUAUCCUCGAGUUCAAUCUGAAAUCUCAUUAUCAACCAUCUCAGAGGAACCACCUUCAUACCAAUCAUCCCAUGAGAUUGUCGUCCAACCCGAACUGGUUGUAGAAACGACAACAGUCACUAAUACAGCACCUCAACAAAUUAUGACACAAACUACCUCAUCACAUGUACCGAAUGAGAAAUCGGGCAACAUUUCAUCAGGCUCAUCUUCUGAUCGUGAUAGUCCAGAAACCCCAUUAAGUCGUGAUAGUCCCGCUUCAGCGAGCGACAGUGGUGCCUCAUCCCUGAGUAGAUCUAGUUCAACGACGACCACAAUUUAUCCACCAUUCAAUUCAACAAAUCUAUAUGCAUAUCCACCUCAAACAGUGACCACCAAAGUAACAACCACCGCUAAAUUAAAGGUUGAACUGCAUGCACCUUACAUGGACAGAGAGUCCAGUACAAAUCGCAAUAAAAGCAAAGAUCGUCGAGCCAAUCGAUGAGGAUUAUAAUUUAUUUUUUAUUUCUUCGCCCAUCAACUCAAUUUAUGCGGUGUUUCCAGUCGAAACAUAUAACAAAAAGAAAGACUCAUUUCCAAUCAUUGCCAUUAUCAUCAACAUCCAUCCUUUUGUCAUCCAUUGUCUUUAUCCAUCUCACUCGAAGCUCACACAAUAAUAUUUCAAAAAUCAUUCGACUUCUUAAACUCAACUUUCGUUUCUUUUUCCCCAAAAAAUUGUAAAUGAAAACUCAACAUCAACAAACAUAACCUAAAUUUAAGAUUAGGUCUAUUUCUCUUCCCGCUUUUUUAAACAUUCUGUAAAUUUCUCAAUCCACUAAUCCAAAUGAUUAGUGUUUAACUUUUUUCUAUAUAUACAUUUGUAUCUUGAUUGUGUUUUUUAAGAGGAAAUUAUUUUUCUUCCUUCAUUGAAGCUUUUUGUUUUUUAACCUCAACAUUUCAACAUUGAGAUGAAACAGAAAUUGAUUAAGCAAUUAAGUUGAUUCUUGUUAACAGAGAAAACUUUUAUCCGAUCAAAUUAACUAAUUUGAUCAACAAACACACACAAUUAAUAUUGUACCUUCAAUAUAUUGUAUUUGUACAUAAACCUCCUUUUAACCUUUCACCUUGAAAGGUUAGAAAAACAAAAGAAAGCAAAAGAAAAAGAGAACAGAAUUAACUUAAUUGUGAUAAUUAAAUUUUCAUAAUAGAUGUCAAUUAAAUAUUUAUAACAUUUAAAAA